AUGACUUCGAAUUAUAUUAUACAUAUUGGAAAUAAGGUUAUAAAUAAAAGAAUAAAAAUUAAGGAGUUUCUUAAUAAAUAUGAAAGAAAAGUAUUAGAAAAAAAUGUAAAUGCCUUUUUUUAUAUAUUAAUUAAUUUAUUGUUCAAUUUAUCAGUUGAUCGAUUUAGAUUAGUUAUAAAUAGAAAAUAUAUAUUUUUUAAGAACCGAAAAAAAAUUGACAUUGUAUUUAGCAUAACAAGGAAACUGCUUAUACUAAAUAAAAUUGAUAUAAAAGAAAAAAUUACAAAUCUUAUAGAAAAUAAAAAAAGUUGUAUUAGUAACAAUGAAAUAUAUGAAAAUGAAUUAUACGAAGAAGUAAAUACUAAAAGAAACAUUUUUUCUAAUACCUUAGUAGAUAAUAUAUAUAAAGAGUACAGAAAACAUAAUGCGAAAAAUGAAAAAGAUUAUCAUAAUAAUAAAUCAGAAAUUCUUCGAAAUAAUCAAGAAAAAAUUUUUGACAAAAAAUUAUUUUAUGAAAAUUGUGCAUUUGAAAAUAAAUCAAAUUAUUUAAAUUAUUAUGAAAAUUUCAAAAAUGAUUAUAUAGAUAAAAUUUCAUUCUCCUCAAAUUUGCAUAAUUAUAAAGAUGUUAAAAAUAAAAUUAAUGAAUUUAAAAUAAAGUCAAAUGAAGAAUAUCAUAAAAACAAAAAUAUAUUAGAACAAAAAAUAGGCAGUAAUAAAUAUGAUAAGAAAAAUAUUAUUUUAAUAAAAAAAGAAAAAAAAGGAAGUAUAAAUAUUUUUGAUGAAUUUCUUGAUAUUUAUUUAUUAUUUCGCUUAAUAGGAGGAAAAGGAGGAUUUGGAGCUAAUUUGAGAGUAAAAAAAAAAAAAAAAAAAAAAAAAAGUAAUGUAGAUUCAUCAAGAAGCUUAAAAGGGAGUAGAAUUUUAGUUGAUAGAAUAAUUGAAACAUCAGAAAUUUUAUUAAAAAAAAAAGAAAAAGAAAAAAUUUUAAUUGAUAAACUCAAUAGUUCUUUUAUAAUUAAUGAAACUGAUGAGAAUGAUAAUAUAUUAAAAAAGCAUAUUGUUAAUGAUGAAAUCAAUGAGAAUUCUAAUCAUAAGGAAGAAAAUUUUAUAAAAGACAUUCAGAAAAAAGAAAUACGUGAUAUUAUUGCAAAUGGAAUUAUUCAAGAAAAAAAGCAAAAAAAAAUUUCAAAAAAAAAAAUUGAUAAAAAUAUGAAAAGUAGUAAAAGUAGUAAUCUAAAAUCAAUUGAAAACCUUUACAAUUUUUUAUGA